GGGUGGCUAUGUGGACGGAUGGACUCCAAGCGUUCCCCACUGUGAACUCAACUUUCCCCGAAUGAAAAGGGCAAGUGGGUGCAGUCGGGGUAGCAGAGGGGAGCCCCCGGGAAAGCUGGCCCUCGAAGUGGAGGCGGGUGAGUAACUGCUGGCCUCCGAAUGGGCUUUCCCCACAGGAACUGCCAGCGGCCCCCCUCGCGAUGAUCCCCGCGGCGAGCAGCCCCCCUGCGGGAGAGGCCCUCUUCCCCGCCGUGGCGCCCCAGGACUUCUGGAGGUCCCCGAUCUCGGGCUACGCGGGGUCUGCCACCCGGCACAUCAGCCACCGGGCCAACAACUUCAAACGACACCCCAGGAGGAGGAAGUGCAUUCGCCCCUCCCCGCCCCCGCCCCCCAACACCCCGUGUCCCAUCGAGCUGGUGGACUUCGGGGACCUGCACCCCCAGAGGUCCUUCCGGGAGCUGCUCUUCAACGGCUGCAUCCUCUUUGGCAUCGAGUUCAGCUACGCCAUGGAGACGGCCUAUGUGACCCCCGUGCUCCUGCAGAUGGGCCUCCCGGACCAGCUCUACAGCCUGGUGUGGUUCAUCAGCCCCAUCCUCGGAUUCCUACUGCAGCCGCUCCUGGGUGCUUGGAGUGACCGAUGUACCUCAAGGUUUGGACGGAGGCGCCCUUUCAUUCUUGUCCUGGCCAUAGGGGCGCUGCUGGUGGCCCUGACCAGCGGCUGUGACGCGGACGUCCUGAGGGUGGGCUCCCUGGACACCUCCAAGCCGCGAUCGGCCGGGAUCCUGAAGAGACCCCAGACCUUGGCCCUCCCGGACGCGGCCGGAGGAGGUGGUCCCGACACCAGCAAGAGAAGGAACGUGACCUUCAGUCAACAGGUGGCAAACAUCCUGCUGAACGGCGUGAAGUACGAGAGCGAGCUGCCAGGCCCCAGCGAGCCGGCGGGGCCGCCCCUGUCCAUGAGGCACCUCUGCUCCGCCAUCUGCCACAUGCCCCGGGCGCUGCGCAGCCUGUGCGUCAACCACUUCCUGGGCUGGCUGUCCUUCGAGGGGAUGCUGCUCUUCUACACGGACUUCAUGGGCGAGGUGGUGUUUCAGGGGGACCCCAAGGCCCCGCGCACGUCGGAGGAGUAUCAGAAGUACAACAGCGGCGUCACCAUGGGCUGCUGGGGGAUGUGCAUCUAUGCCUUCAGCGCCGCCUUCUACUCAGCGAUCCUGGAGAAGCUGGAGGAGCGCCUCAGCAUCCGCACGCUCUACUUCCUGGCCUACCUGGCCUUCGGCCUGGGCACCGGGCUGGCCACCCUGUCCCGGAACCUCUACGUGGUCCUGUCCCUGUGCGUGACCUACGGGAUCCUGUUCUCCACGCUGUGCACGCUGCCCUACUCGCUGCUGUGUGACUAUUACCACAGCCAGGAGUUUUCAGGGUCCAGCGCUGAUGGCACGCGGCGUGGCAUGGGCAUGGACAUCUCGCUGCUCAGCUGCCAGUACUUCCUGGCCCAGAUCCUGGUCUCGCUGGUGCUGGGGCCCCUGACCUCGGCUGUGGGCAGCGCCAAUGGGGUGAUGUACUUCUCUAGCCUGGUGUCCUUCCUGGGUUGCCUCUACUCCUCCCUGUGUGUCGUCUACGAGAUCCCGCCCAGCGCGGCCGCCAAUGAGGAGCACCAGCCCCUCCUGCUGAACGUGUGACGCCCGAGCCCCAGCUUGUGCCCAGGUGUCUGAAGCCAGUGGGAACCAGAGGGCCUUGGCGAUGAUGGACAGGUCUCCUGUCGGAAUGUAAAUAUGUGAUAAAACAAUAAACGGCAGCAGCAAA